GACGCUAGUCGUUUCGCCGCGACGACAGCGCGGAUUGACCUCACUGCUCGAUCCCCCGAACUCCCCUGUCUACCCCCUCAAUGAGGGGCAAUGGUUGUUUCUCGUCACUGUAAACAACAUGGACUUUUGGACGAGACUCCUCGGUGGGUCGUCAUCGAAGAAGCAGGCCGCCGCCAAUGACCCCCAACAGCGUCUGGCACGCUUCAAGCAGCGCUACAAUCAAGUUCUGCAAACAUGGCAAAAGACGGAAUCGCUAGCCAACGAUCGCGAGGGGCUGAACAACAUCCGCCGCGGCUUCCAGAGUCUCUCAAAGAUGCUUGAGGAUGAAUCCCGACUACCUGCCCCCCAUCUGUGUCUGAGCUUUGCAGCUGCUCAGCAGAUAUAUACCGCUGUAUCCAAAAUCUCUGCGACGUCGCACGACGAGGGCAUGGUUCGGGAUGCCGUGCAACUCUACAAUGCGCUGAUUGACAGCGAGGAGGAGGACUUCUUGGAAAACGAUGUUUUCGCGGUUUCCCUCAUGAAUUUCAUAGGAAGAUCAAUAAACUCGAUCACGUUGGGAGAGGAUAUAGAGGCGGACAUAGUGGAGUUGCUGUUUGGCAUUGCAGCAAAGAUCAGAUUACAACCUGAGAUCCUGCCCGUGUGGUUCACUACGGCAUCCGCUGAUGCCAACGGACGUCUCGUGAACAAGAAAAUUGAUUUUGCUGGCAUGACACAGAAGGAGGACUUCCCUCUGUGCUACCAGCUUAUCGACAAAGUUCACCACGAAGGUCGAAUAGGAGAGUUUGCGCGAAUGGGACUGCUAUAUAUUUUCGAGUCGGCCUCCAGAUCGCUCCCGUUGGAACAGUGGAUCGUCAACAGCGACCUACCAACGCUCAUGGCAACAGGUCUUGGUGCGCUUUACAGUCAGCUCAGCAGACUUCUCUCCAUCUUGCAUCCCACCGAGUCUUUGCCACUCAUUCUGCGGCUUUCCGACUACACUGACAUGCAUCCAAAUCCAGAUGCCGUGAGCUUCUUCUCUGGCGACUUUCAAUCCCACCUGGUGACCUUCCUGUCCUACCUCACUUUCUGGCAAGACGUCCUCGAACAUUGUCGAUCGGCAGAUGUGAGACACAGCCUGAUCGAUCAUUUCCAAGUCUUGUUCCUUCAACAAUUACUAUACCCUUACAUUGUACAAUCUUCUGAUGUGGAUGCCGGCUCUUCGGUGGCCGUCCUCACAUAUCUGCGACGUAUCCUUGAUGCCCUAGAUCACCCGGAGCUUGUGCAUAUGAUACUGCACUACUUGCUAGCUUUACCCGAUCACAACUCCGUUACCUCGCCCAAAGACCUUCGUUCACCAGCGGCACUAAGACGACGCCAAUCUCUCAUGAUGCUCAACGGCCCAAGGAGAGAUGAUGACGCGAUGAACCCUUCCCUCUUCAACCUUGUCGAUCUCAUACUCCAAAGUACAGAGUCUCGGAACCCCCAAACAGUCAUUGCAGCUUUAAAGCUGACCACGGUGUUAUUGAGUAAAAAUCACGCGUACGCAUUAGGCUCUUUGGUCAAAGUCACAAACAUAAAUCAUAAAGAACCUCACCGAACAGUGGGCGCACUGAACUCAGAGCUUGAAACUUAUCUCAACCUCGCCAUCGGGCUUGCUGGCGAAAGUGGCGUUGAUGAAGCGUAUGGGAGUCAUUUGAAAGAUAAAUUGAGCAUGCUCGAAAGCCAUCCGUGCUCACUCAAAGCUAUAGCAUUACCAUCAGCCUCCUUGCAGGCUCCGGGGCUACAUGAUUCGGAUACCGGACCUAGAGAAGUAGGACCACAUUACUUAAUACCAGAAGAUCCCCUUUUCAAGUCACUAGAGGAUAUACUGCUCAGGUUUCUCACCAACGAUGUGGAAACCAACCUCGCCCUGACAGAAGCGAUCAUUAUACUUGGGACUUGCUCCGAACUCCGCCUCGAAGGAUGGCUUGCUGUCGACCCUGCUGACUACGAAUUCCCGGAUGCUGAUCCGGAGCCCACAGUGUUCUCUAAUGAUAACCUGCGCGAUAUGUAUAGAGCCAACCGACAACCCACAUGGUCUUCUACGGCGACACCCAAGCUUCUCGCUUGUCUACAGCAACUACAAGCGCAGGUGGGCGCAUUACGAGCAGACAUACAAGACUGGGACGAGCUUGUAGCCAGCAGGAAAGACGCAUUUCAGUUCCAAGAGGAGAUGAGCGAUGCCAUGACCCCAUCGACGCCUCAAUCAAAGCCCCCUCGCGCAUCUGCAGAUAUCCAAUCAGGCUCAUGGACACCGCAAAUUCCCAAACAUAUGAAAGAAACCUCGGCCACACCAUCGAGAAGCCAAACACCUAGGGGUCGUAAGGAAACGCUGGAAGCACGACAGACGCCACAUACAUCUCCAGUGCCAUCGAGACUGGGUGGGCAAACACUGGUUGGCUCUCCAUCGCGUGGUAUAUCCCCGAUGCCUGCUCCUCAGGCAGUGAACAAACGCCAGACAACCCUUUUCUCUGACAUUGAUGCGAAUCUAGUAUCGGUCAAGAAUGCGAUUGCUCUAAAACGAAGAAUUAGAUUCCGACGACCUGCCGGGAAGAGUGAGAUCGAAGUCAUGCUGUCCAAGUAUCAACCGCCACCCAAAGACGACAUGGAGGAGAAUGCGCAGGGAGAUGGCGAAAGUGACGAGGAGGACAUAAGGGAGGCGAGUGUAUUACACAUCAUUACCAAUGUAGUUAUCUUGCAGGAGUUCAUACUAGAGCUGGUGGCGCUUGUGCAGGUCAGGGCCAGUUUGUUUAGCGAGGUGAGGCAUGUGUAG